AUGCCGUCUAUUUCCAACGACGCCUACCAGACGGCGACGGCUACCACCACUACCACCUCCCAUAAUCGCUCCUUCGAUUCGCCCCGCAAGUCGCACGACAAGAAUUCUGUCGGCAACGCCUUCCUGUGGACUAACUGGCCCAACGGCGACGCGUACCCUGACCAACAGAAUGACCGGCAAUUGCUCACAAACCUCAAGAACGGCAGUGCCUACUCUCUGAAUGGCCCUCGAUCGAGUAUCGGCUCUUACACUCGUGAACAGCCGCCGAACAAGGACGCCAGCAUGCAGUCGGUAAGCAAUGGCUCUGUCAGAGACCGAGAUGGCGUCCGGCCGUCAGCCACCUUGGACCGGAAAUCAUCGGACACCGGGCCUUUAGCAAGCUCUGCGCCAGCGUCGAUGUCUAUCCAAACCAUUAAUGGCACUGCGCCCAGCGCGACGUGGUCCUACCUGCCGCCCGCCCAGGGCAAAUUGGGCUCAAACGGGGACCCUCGCCGUCCCUCCGCCGAUGAGCCUUCCGUCUCGGAACAACCCAUUAGCCCAUCUGCCUCUUUAUUACAGAUCCCACACGCCGAUGAAAAUGGCCGCCACUCCCCCGACGCCGAUCGAUUGGGUUCGGGUCCAAGACCCAGCCACCAUCGCUAUUCUUCACCCCCCGCACCUUCCCUCACCGACGCCAACUCAAUGCAUGAAUCCCAGCCCUCUAGCAUGCGACAUAGGCACUCGCUUCAAGUCCCGCGGGCGAACAGCGGUCGCCGUAAUAGCCGAGAUCAACCGGAAGAUGCCGCCUACGCCAGCGGCCGAUAUUCCCCGACCACUGCUGGACCUCGACGAACGUCCUUUGGCAUGGGGCGCCGGAACAAGUCUUAUCCAGAGCCACCGGAUGAUGUGACACCGGAUGAAGAAGCCGCGCGUUGGGCUGAGGCUAUCAAACAGAAACGUGCCUCGCGGCGGCGACGCGAGGACGAGGAUGACGAAAGGGUCAUUGUGGGCACCAAAGUUGACCAAAAUCAUGUCAAUUAUGUCACUGCGUAUAAUAUGUUGACGGGUAUCCGUUUCACGGUGUCUCGUAUCAACGCCAAGAUGGAUCGGGAGUUGACACAGGCCGACUUUGAGGCGAAGCACAAAUUCUCCUUUGAUAUCACUGGGAACGAACUGAUCCCCUCCGCGAAAUACGACUUCAAAUUUAAGGAUUAUGCGCCCUGGGUUUUCCGACACCUGCGAGCCAAGUUCCGCCUUGAUCCUGCCGAUUAUCUCAUGUCCCUGACUAGCAAAUACAUCUUGUCUGAGCUGGGAUCACCGGGAAAAAGUGGAAGCUUCUUCUACUUCUCUCGUGACUACAAGUAUAUCAUCAAAACAAUCCACCACUCCGAGCAUAAGCUCCUCCGGAAAAUACUUCCUGAGUACUAUCGCCAUGUGGAGAAGAACCCGAACACCUUGAUCUCGCAAUUUUACGGCUUACACCGCGUGAAAAUGGCCUACGACAUCCACGAAACAUUCGAUCUGAAGGGAUCUACGAUUGGACGGGACCUCCAAGAAUCUGACCUGGAAAGGAAUCCCCGUGCGACUAUGAAGGAUCUCAAUUGGGUUCGGCGGAACCGAGCUCUGCAAUGCGGCCCUGAAAAACGAACCUUCUUCAUAGAGCAACUGAAAAGAGACGUUGCGUUGCUCAAGAGACUUAAGAUCAUGGAUUAUUCACUGUUAGUGGGGAUUCAUGAUCUGGAGCGAGGCAAUGAAGAGAAAUUAAGAGAUAAAACUCUUCAGGUGUUCCAACCUGGUGGAAACCGUGAGGAGGAGUCAAGCACCAACGUGCUCACACGCACCCCCUCCAAGUUGGAGAAUGAGCGUAAAGCUCGGGAGCUUCGCAUGCUGAUCAAGAAAGAGCGCCCGGUCCCACUAGACAAGGCAGCUUCUAAGAUGCCUGAGGAGAUCCUCGAUGAACGGAAAUUCCAUGUCUUCUAUGCAGAUGAUGGAGGCUUCCGAGCUACUCACGAAAAUGGGCAACUGGGCGAAGAGAUUUACUACUUGGGAAUCAUUGACUGCUUGACUCACUACGGCACAGUCAAAAAGCUCGAGAACUUCUUCAAGGGCCUCUCGAAUGAUCGAACUCAGAUUUCGCCCGUCCCGCCUGAAAGUUACGGUGACCGAUUCAUCAAUUUUAUUAAAGGCAUCACUAUGUCGAAGGAAGAAGCCGAGCGGAAAAGAGAAGUCCCAGCAUCUGCCACUGAAGAAAGCGAGAAAAGGCGGUCGAGAUCUCCAUCAGUCGACCGCACCAUGCAUGCAGCGGAGGCCGAGGCAUCCAAAGACGUUUCUAUCACACAUCCCAGAACACUGGCCACUGUGUGGGAUCCUGCGGAUGCUGCCGGCCCAGGUCCAACUUCAACCCUUCCCAUUGUGGAUGAAGCAGGUGAAGGAAGCAGUGUCGGCGGCCAUAGCUCACAUGGUCGCUCCGCUCCUGAAAAGGAAAUGUCUACUAUCCCAGGUGAAAGGUCUCCCGGCAAAGGCAAGGGACCCGACCGAUAA